GCACGUUGUUCCUUGUUCCCAAAGUAUUGGGUGUCAGUAGUAGACGGAAAGUCGCCGACGUCGGUCGAUGUCGUGGCUCGCUUGCCUCGCCGAAUAAAGCUGUUCGUCGUCCGCGAGAAAUACGAAGUUUCUUAAAUUUCCGUGCGAAAGAACCGGCUACGAACUGUCGUAGCAUAUUAACGGAUCAUGUGCGUCAUGUUGCCAAUGCUGCAGGAAAAUUCUUUGUUCCCGUUUAAUCCCAGCUUGGACGAAGAAAUAAAGCGGCUGUUCGACAUCGCCGUAAGCAAAAGGCCACAACCAAAUGUUGAAGAAGUGAUGGAAGAAUUUCGACACAAUGGCCGCGACUACGAGUAUUGUCCAGACUUCGAUAUAGAUGUAACGAAACAGAACAUGCCACGGCGAAAGAAGAACAAGAAACCCUUACCAACGGAAUGCGUCUUUUGCAGAAAUAACGGGGAGGAAGAGGCAUAUUAUCGGAAACACUUGUUAAAGGACAUCGACGGACGUAUCAUAUGUCCCGUUCUCAGGGCUUAUACGUGCCCGAUUUGUGGCGCAAGCGGCGAUGUAGCACACACAGUUAAAUAUUGUCCAAAGGGCCCUUACAAUCCCUGGGGAAUGAGCAUACCGAAUACCUUCAAGUGGACAAGAAACUCUACGGGAAAACGUCGCAACAAUUCCAUCGCCCACAAUUGACAAAUAUCUCGAAGUAAAGCAAUAUCUUCUAAGCGCGAGAUUUUCAAUAGGAAGGAAUAAGAAGCAGGCGUUCUUUGAAUACCUCCACUGUUAACAGAGGCUAUCCAUGUCUAAAAUGGCAACGAUAUCGUAUAAAAUAAUCUAGAUUCUUAGAUUUCUCUUAUAUACUUUUGUACUUAACAUUUACACUCGCUGUGCAGACGAAUAUUGACACUUGACGUGAUCUCGCAUCCUCGUGAAUACACUGAAACACAUCGGUUCUGAAUUGAGAUCGAGACGUGACUUUAAUUAAUUCGCGUCGCCCUUCCGCACUCUUCCUGCAUUUAUAAUUUAUCCCAUAUCUUUCGCAUUCUUCCUAUUUGUAAUAUAACUCAUUCCACUCAUAUCAUAAUUCAUAAUGCAGUAAUGAAAGAAAAAAAAAAGAAAAAAAAAAAAAAACCUCGAUUUAGAACGAGAAAAAGUUUACGCGUAUUUCGAGAAUCGCGCGAUAUCAUAAAUUCAGUGGCACAUCAAUUUCGCAAUGCGUCGUGAUUUUAAGAUUAAAUGCAAUUUUUUUUACACGCGCGCGCGUACUUUGCGAUGAUUUCUUAAGAAGUAGAAAUAUUUAAAAUUUAAUGUGACUCAUAAUAUGUCAUCGACAAACAAAUAUACACAGAUAUUUUCUUAAGAUUUUAAAUAUCUUAGGAAAUGUGUAUAUGCGCGCACGCCUGUUCGUCCGUCGACAACAUAUUAAGUCACAUUGAAAGAAUCGUGUAUGGACAAAAAAAAGCUAGCUGCUUUUAAAAUGAUUAUAAUAGAAGCGUUUAAUUUUUCACGAAUUUAGAUUUCGAUAUGUCUCUAUGCGUGCAUUUUUUAAGCAGUUAGAUUUAUAAUGAGAUUAUGCAUUCUAAAGAUCCUCGGUAUAAAUAUUUGAAGAAUUCAUGGGAAGAACACAAUAAGUUUGUAAUUUGUAACAUUUUAGAUACAACUUUGUCGUGUUUGAAAUGAACAUUAAAAGCUGUAUGAAUAUAUUUUUAUAUAUUGUAUGAUUCUUCUUCUGAAUCCAUCAUUUAUAUUAUAAUGUGCCAUAUAUUUCUACUACUUUUUUUUUUCUUGCCAAGAAUAUGAAAAAAGUCAAUAUGAUGUCAAUACGAUGAUUAGCGUGAUAUAUCAUAAAAAGUACAUUUGAUACUUUAGACAUAUAUAAAGAUAUGACGAAGUUCGUAGCGCUUUCUUUAAUUUUGGAGUUUGACAUUCUCGAGCGCGUAUUUCAUUGAAUUAUGAUUCAAUUAAAAAAAAAAAAGAUGCGAAAUGCAAUAUGAUGGCUUAACGAAAAAAUUUUAUAUACGAUUUAUUAAUGUACAUGUUCAAAAAUAAGAACAUUUGUCUCGACUUCGAACUAACAAGAAUAAUGUGACCUUUUAAAAGAGAGAUCUUAUAGCCUUGCUUAAAUAUUUCAGUACAUUUACUUUCUUACUUUCUAUUUAAACAUUUUCCCUUUUCAUAUAUAUAGCCAAAGGAUAAUUGAUACCAAAUUAUUGCAAUCAAGAAUAAUGUAUGUUUUUAUUUUAAUUUAUUUUAAUUUAUUUUUCAUUACAUAUGCGAUGUUUCAGUAGAAUGUUUCGACGAUUAUAUGAUUUAUCUAAUUGCAUCGUAAUUUGCUAUUAAGAGAUGAAUCAAUAUUACUUAAUCGUAACACUAUCGAUUAAUUUUCAAAAUAUUAUUCAUUAUUUGUUUUCUUCCCUCUUUUUUUUUUCAAACAAACGUUGUGAUGAUAACAUGUGCCUUAUGAGAUGUUCAGUUUUUAUAAUUUUACGAUAUAGGUUGAUGAGACAUAUAGUUUAAUACAUACAGUGAGUAUAGUAUCAUAUGACAGAUAACUAUUAUAUAUGUGCAUUUCACAUGCGUUUUUACGACAAAUUUGAAAUGUAUAUUUCGAAAAGUCUUAUCGACCGACAUCGAAUGUUUUGAAUAGUUAAUAAGAAAGUGAUAGAUGCUCUUAUACGAGCAUCACAUGAGCAACGAUAUUAAUUUAUACAUCUUGUAGCGUUACAAGAUGUGUAUUUUAUGAGCUUAUAAAUUAUCAUCGCAAUAUCUAUAUAUUUUUUUAUAUGUGUGCGGAAGCGUAUCCUUUGCGUGAUAUCAAAUUUGUAGCAAUAGUCUAGAAUAAUUGUAUAAAAAUCAUCUUUCCUCAAAAGUUAUCUUACAUGUUUAAGUAUAGUUCCGUGAUUAUUUUAUUUAUUUUGCUUUUAUCGGUUGGCACAAAACGACUUGUUCUUAAUUCUGUGUAUUGUACGUAUUAUUAUUACCAUAUCCAGGAAAUAUUGGAACUGUUGUCACUGUCAGUCUCGCUACGAUCUUGUCAAGGCCGUCAAAACAAAAACUGUUAUCGAAAUAGUACUUCUUUGUAUUUAUAUGUAGGCUCUCGCUUCGAAGAAGGUUUGACAAUUCGUAGAAGGCGCAUGCUUUUUUGCAGUCGACGCUUCUUUCCAAUAUUUCUUAAAAAUUCGCGAAAGGACACGCUUUCAUAUUUUUUUGGCACGUAAUUUAGAUACAUAUUGAUAAACGUUCUAAAAUAAUUAAAGAGAAAUGAUAUUUGUUGAGAAAGUUUUAACAAUUUGAAAAUUCUUCCGAGGAAAUACACGUGGUUGAAUAAUAAAUAAAUCAGCUAUUGUGUGUUGUAUCUUUUUAUUUGCAUCAACAAAUAUAAUAAAUCUGUACAUUUAUUUUCUAUAUAAUAUAUAAAUAUAUAUAAAAUCCCCAUGUAAAAUACACGUGGUUGGAAAAAAAUCAAGUAUAUAUCUUUUAUAUCUUUUUACCGCAUCAACAAAUUUAAUAAAUCUGUACAUUUAUUUUCUAUUUAAUAUAAAUAUACAUAUAUAUGUUAUUUCAUUUCUUUUUAAUUAUUUUGGAAAGUUUAUCAUAUGUGUGCAAAUUACGUAGAGAAGUUUUCGCGAGAAAAAUGUCAGUUUUUUCUUUGAUAUUUUUUUUAUAAUUCUGCUGUUAAAUAAAUUUGAGUUAUUGUUACAACUUAAUACUUAAUAAUACAAUUUAAGUUCUAAGUUUUCCUAUUUUUUGUUACUCAUAUAGUAAAAUAUAGAAUAUAUAAGAUAUAGAAUAUAUGUGUAUACACAUACAGAAAAUUGAGUUAAUUCAGCGUUAUACGCUUAAUUCCAUCAGUUAAAAACAUCCAAUAAUUAAUGUCGCAAAUUUAGUUUACGAUGCUUAAUAGAUUACAUCACGAAAUAUUUAAAAAUUAUUAUUUACGAAGUUAUUAUGAUCUUCAAGACACUUUUCAAUCCUCGAAAUAUAAUUAAUCUUCGAAAGAAUUCAUGUUCCAUUAAUCAGCUUUAAUAAUGUAGCACUAAGAAUUUUAUUCGCAUAAAUAUCAGUGAUAUUUUGAAGAAUGUACAAAUAAUAAUUACUUGAAUAGAAAAAGCUAAUUUGACAGCAUUAUGUAUUACUUUUGAAUGGCAGCUUUUUUCAAGAAUUGAAGUGUUUUAAAGAUUUAAUAUUAGCUGGAAAAGAAAAGGAUAAAGCACGAAUAUUAUGAAAGACUAUAAUAAAUACUUCCAGUUUUGUUUUUUGUCAACGAUUAAAUAGUAUAUAAGAAUUGUUCAUAUUAGAAAUUACGAUAUUAUGCAAUUGUUCCUAUUAGAAAUUAAUAAUAUAUAAUAUAUAGCAAUUAAGUGUUAUAUUUCUAAAAUUUUGGAGUGUAUAUAAAAACACUUUUGUAAUUAUUACUUAUAGCAUACUAUUUAAUAGUGCGAAUAAGUUCUUACUUUUGUAAGAUAUGAUGCGCCUUGUACCUUAUAGCAUUAUUGCCGAAGUUUAUAUACCGACUGAUUUAGAGAGUGCGAGAUGACUUUACAAUUUAUAGUAAUAUUAAAUCGUGCAGCGGCAUUCUCGUAAUUAAUAGCAGCAGCAAAAAAAUAAAAUUCAUAUAUAUAUAUAUAUAAGCAAAAGAAAAAUUUCACAAUUCCAGCUUCACAAUAAUUUAACGUCCAGUUGCACGUUUUACAGAAUUGUACAAAUAAUUAUUUCGUCGCUUCUGAUAUCGAGGCUCCUCCGAUUAAAAAGUUUUUGUUCGCAAACACUUAACUCGAACGAUUUCACACUACUUAUUCAAAAAUGCGAAUUUUCUAGUUGAUACGAAAUCUUUUGGAUUUUUAUUUUUCUUGUAUCCCGUAUUACCGUAUUAAAUUUCCGUUUAUUCGGAAUAAAUCUUGUGCAUUCUGGACAUGCCUUCUUUUUAUAGCCGUUUGUAUUUUAAGAUUAGUCUUGCGCAUAUUAUCAUAAUCAUCUCGCCAUUCUAAUUGUGUUAAGGAUUAAUUAUUAUUUCCGCUUUAUAUAUAUAUAUAUAUAUAUAUAUAUAUAUAUAUAUAUAUUAAUAUGUUAUUUAAGUAUAUUUGUACAAAAUUAUGCUCAAUAAUGAAUU